ACUGAAGCAGCAGAAGGGCAGGAGGAGGCUGGGAAUUGCCACCCUGGCUGGGAAGACACCGCAGCAGAAGCCAGGCCAACAAAGCCCACAGGCACUGGGGAGGGCUCCUCAGAGGGGCAGAAAGCGUCAGCUGGAGAAGAGGACUCGGACAGUGGUGGGGACGAGUCGCCGGAGGAGGAUGGCGAGAGCCCCUGCGAAGUCGAGGCCAAAGAGGACGGGAAGGUGGCUCCUGAGAAAGCCAGAGUGCCGCGGGCACAGCACUUCAAAGGGGAUGUCGCAGAGGGCUCCGAGUACCUCUACAAAACCCACAUGUGCCCCGAGUGCAAGCGAUGCUUCAAGAAGCGGACGCACCUGGUGGAGCACCUCCACCUGCACUUCCCCGACCCCAGCCUGCAGUGCCCCAACUGCCACAAGUACUUCACCAGCAAAAGCAAGCUGAAAAUCCACAUGAUGCGGGAGACGGGCGAGAAGGCCCAUCGCUGCCCGCUCUGCCACUACAGCUCGGUGGAGAAGAAUGCCCUCAACCGCCACAUGGCCAGCAUGCACGAGGACAUCUCCAACUUUUACUCCGAUGUUUACUCCUGCCCCGUCUGCAAUGAGAAGUUUCGGCUCAGCCAGGCCCUCAAAGAGCACUUGAAGACUCACAAAGCCGAGCCCAAGAGGCUGAGCUGCUUCCAGGGGGGCUGCGACUACUCCGCAGAGGACCGCAAGGAGUUUGUCCGUCACCUCAAGGAUGCUCAUGGCAUCAAGGCGGUGGAGUGUAAGUACUAUGCCUGCUCCCUGCUCUUCGGCACGGCUGAGGCCAUGGAGGCUCACCGAAAGACCCACUAUGCCUUCCACUGCCAGCAGUGUGACUUCAUCUGCUCCAACAAGCACGUUUUCCGCAAGCACAAGAAGCAGGGGCACCCGGGCAGCGAGCAGCUCCAGUGCAGCUUCUGCCCCUACGCCACUUUCAACCCCGUGGAAUUUCACGACCACGUAGGCAAGAUGCACGCCAACGAGAAGAUCCACAAGUGCACCGAGUGCGCCUUUGCCACCGCGCACAAGAGGGUGCUCAUCCGGCACAUGCUGCUGCACACUGGAGAGAAACCCCACAAGUGUGAGCUCUGCGACUUCACGUGCCGGGAUGUGAGCUACCUGUCCAAGCACAUGCUGACCCACUCCAAUGACAAGAACUUCAUGUGCACUGAGUGCGGGUACAUCACCAAGUGGAAGCACUACCUGAACGUCCACAUGCGCAAGCACACUGGAGAUCUCCGGUACCAAUGCAACCAGUGCUCGUACCGGUGCCACCGUGCUGACCAGCUGAGCAGCCACAAGCUGCGGCACCAGGGCAAAAGUCUGAUCUGCGAGGUGUGCGGCUUCGCCUGCAAGCGCAAGUACGAGCUGCAGAAGCACAUGCAGGCAAAGCACUCACAGAACUACCAGGUGCCCAUCUUCCAGUGCCAGUACUGCACCUACCAGACCAAGUACAAGCAGGCGCUGCUCAACCAUGAGAACUGCAAGCACACCAAGCAGAAGGAGUUUCGCUGCGCCCUCUGCUCCUACUGCACCUUCAGCAACACCAGCCUCUUCUUCCACAAGCGCAAGAUUCAUGGCUACGUCCCCGGUGACAAGGACUGGCUGGAAAACUACGCCAGCAAGGAGCUGGAGAUCAGCUCAUCCGAGGCGCUCUUUGGCUGCGAGCUCGGCGCAGCCCUGCGUGUGGAUGCCCACUCGCCCCUUGCCGGCAAGGAGCAGUGGGCAAAGGCAAAGCCGUCCCAGCUGGAGUCCCAGAGGGAAGAGGGCUACCAGCAAGCGCUCGUGGUGCCCCUCCUUAGGCAGGAUGCCGCUCCACCGGAGAGCGGCAGCGAGGCGGAGAGAGGUGUGGGCGAGGGGGAGCAGAGCCGUCCUGUUGCUGGCGAUGCCCAGGGAGAUGACUGUGUGCGAGAAGACGCUGCCACGGGCUCAACUGAGCUUGCUGCUUCUGAGCAUGUGGCAGAGAGCUGCACCUUGCACUUGGAGGCGCUGAACGUCUCAUCUGACCCCCUCCUGGAGCAUUUGACUGGAGAAGCCUGCGCGGCACAGCCAGAGAGUGUGGAAAUGCUGUCCUGUAAGGAGCCUCCCGCAGCCUAUGAGAUGCUGGGCUCCCAGGAUGACCUUAGCUUGGAGGACAAUGACAAUACACUCGAAGACAUCCCAGACUUUGAGGAAGAGGAGGCAGACGUACGGGAGGAUGAGGCGGUGAAGCUGGAGGGCAGUGUAGCGGCAGGAGACAGCCAGGGAAAAGAUGCCCUGAGGCAGGCCACGGGCCACCUCGAGGGGUCCUGCUUGGACCACCACAGGCUGGUGGCAGACACCGAGAUGAGAGAGACCGGCCAAGCAGAGCUGCCGGAUGCCUGGCUCAGCAUGCUAAAGACAGCUGAGCAGAGCCACCUGCCUGUCCCAGAGGAUGUGGCCAACUCCGGCGAUGAGUCGGUGCUGAAGGCUCUGCGGAAGCAGGACAAGGAGCAGGCAGAGACGCUGGUGCUGGAGGGCAGGGUGCAGAUGCUGGUGGUGCAGUCGGAGAGCCAGGUCUUUAAGUGCGAGAAGUGCUCAUACAUCACGCGGAAGGAGAAGUCCAUGUCCCUGCACUCCAAAGCCAGCUGCCAGAGCCGCCGGGCACCGCUCGUGUGCCGCGAGUGCGGCGCCAGCUUUAAGCAGCAAAGGGGGCUCAACACCCACCUCCUCAAGAAGUGCCCGGUUCUCCUGAAGAGGAACAAGAUCCUCAAACCGGCUGGUCAGGAGCCACUUGGGUUGUGCCAACCUGUUGACCAGCUUGGUGAUAAUGGUACAGAAACAGCAGAGAGCGAGAAGGGAGGCUCGGAGGAGUCCAGGCAUGCCGAGAGCCCUUGGGAAGCUAAACUGCUGCCUGAUAAGACGCAGGCAGCAGGCAGUCCUUUGGCUGGGGACCGGGCAUCGGGCUGUCCUGCCCCUGAGGAAUCCCUGCCGAGUGACAGCACAGAGGUGGCAGAAGAGCCUCCCCAGCAAGCUGAUGGGGCUGAGCCUGGUGGAGCUGCUUGUGUCCCCCAGCCUGGGAAACCCUUGGAGAAAUACCGGCUGGAGGGAGGGAAGCUGCGCUGCAACACCUGCUCCUUUGUGUGCUCCCGUGUCUCCACCAUCACCUCCCACGUGGAGGAUGGGUGCCGGAGCCUGGAGCAGUUCUGGUGCUCCCUGUGUCCUGAGGCCUUCCGCUCCCGGCGGGCCCUCAAGAGCCACUGUGCUGAGAAGCACAUCGUGCGUCCUGAGGAGGAUGGACCCCAAAGCACCAAGGUCCCUGAGGAGGACCCGGCCGGCGUUGAGCCCAGCCAGCCCAAUGAGCUCCCGCUGGAUGUGGCCCCCCCAAAAACCACCCUGCCCAAGAGGAGGCGUUUCUCCUGCCCCACCUGCCCCUUCACCUGCCACCAGGAACGGGCCAUGAAGACGCACAAGAAGAGGGGCUGCGUGGCGCUGGGCGAGUUCCGCUGUGCCUCCUGCCCCUUCACCUCCAAGGCGGCCAAAGCCUUGCGGCUGCAC